AUUAGCGUCCAUGGCACUUCCGGUAAAAGAUGUAAACAAUGUCAGAUUGGGAACUCUCUCGUGAUUUCUGGUUUGUCACGGUGUCAUCGUAAGGAAGUGAUCGGCAACAUGCCAAGGAUUGUAAAGGACGUGCGUGAUAUUUUCGGCAGUAGUCACUGACAUGGAGCUGCAGUUGCAAUCAGCUGCAUUGCUCGUAUGCACACAGCAGAAAGUCUCAGAGAGAGUUCAUUUAGACCUGUAGAAUGGGUGUUGGGGGCUCAUUCCUUCGAGGUCAGGAUGAUGACGACAUACUUGGCACUGACCUUGAUGGAAAUGGGGUCAUUAAAAGAAUCCCCAUUGAGAUCAAGCCUCGAGGUAAACUCGGACCUCUCCGAAGCGUCACUUCAUUUGGGAAGAAAUCUAAAGGAGGGAGUCUACGCUCAGCUCUGUCCAUCGAUCUGGAAAACCCAGAGGUCGAUAGAAUCAAAAAGGACUUUGAUAUGUACAAGCUCAACAAAGAUAAUGAAAUUAUGGCCAUGCAGAAGAAAGAACAAAAGCUAGAGAUGGAAAACAAGAGAAUGAGAUCGGAACUAUUGGCGCUGCAGAACACUUGUACCAAACUCCGGAACGAGAAGGAAAGCUGUCUGGAUGCAGAGAUGCAGGCGCUGGCACGGGCUUCGGCUUUUGAAAGUGAUAGAGACAAAGUACAACGGCAGUUCAAGAUAUUUCGAGAAACAAAGGAGAAUGAAAUUCAAAAUCUUCUUCGAGCCAAACGAGAACUGGAGAGUCGAUUAACAAAACUGUCCCACGGCUUCACACCAGAAGAUCUCGACACUGCAUCCAGAUCGGAGGAAACCUCUAUAGGUAACUCGAACCCCGGGGACUGGUGGACGGCCCUGGAGAGUGAGCCCUCCCUGGGUAGCACCGUGCAGCUCCACCAACCAGCCUUUCUCCGCGGGCCGGAGUUUGCCAACAGCGUCAUGGAGCUGGAGGGACCCUUUACAAACGUUAAUAAAGAUGACUGGAGCACCGCCCUGGCCAACCUGACCCAGGUGAUCCCCACCAUCCCCGACCACAGCAUCAGCAGCGUGUGCCGUCUCUACAUCUCCGCACCAAGCAACAUGCACACUGAGGUCGAGCUCCUGGCAAAGGAGUACGCCCCCAGUUUGAAGAGUCUGUGUGAGAGUGAAGGGAGAGGCCUUGUCAUCGUUCAUCUCCCGUAUGACGACAGCGACAACUUGUCUCCACUGAUGGUUGAGAGACAGAUCAAGAUGAGGAAGAAACAAAUUGAGCUUGCUUCUGUAUUUCUUGUGUUGCUAGGAGACACUACAAAUAGGUUUACAAGUUUCGAGGUGAAGCAUGGUCAUCUGGAGAGUACUGAGAUCCGUCCAACGGUCUACUGCUUCAGGGAAACGGGUAACAAGAGGACUAGUCAGGGUGAAGUUAAAGAAAUAAAGACGAAGAUCAAGGAAAGUCGCAAUGUCAAGGUCAUAUCAGGGUACUCCUCGCCAAGUAAGGGAGCGGAGAUGGUAUACACGGAACUUGUCAAGAUAUUCAAGAUGGAGCUAGGGGUAAGUCUGCGAGAGAAGACAGAAGCGGAGGAACUGACGACCGACGUCCCUGAGCUGUUUGAGGGUGUGGUGUGGGACGUCCACUACGACUAUGAACAGAUGGAGGCUCUCGGCUAUGCUGUUCACUCCAGCUGUGAACUGGGUUUUGAAAGGUACUACGAGAGGCUGAACGCCCACGUGUCUGCAGCCGGACCUCUGCCCCCACUGCUGGUGACCGGGGGCUCCGGGUCAGGACGGUCACUCCUCCUCUCAAAGUGGAUUCAGCUGCAGCAGGAGAAGUGUCCGGGCACGCUGGUGUUGUUCCACUUUGUGGGCUCCCCAUCCUCCAUCAGCGCCGACCCCAUCAUCAUGAUCCGGAGACUCACCUCACAGCUGAUGCAGCAUGUGACCACGCCCCCCGCCCUGACCGGGGACCCUGGGCGUCUGGUUGAAGAGUUCCCACGCUGGCUGGAGAAAGUAUCUGCCAAGUCCCCGGGUGGAACCAUCCUCAUCCUGGACUCUAUCGACAGAUUCCCGCAAGUAGAUGUUCACUUGAAAUGGCUGCUGGACCCUCUCCCGGUGGAUGCCCGGGUGAUCGUGUCAUGUCAUGAGGACACCUGUCUACAGACAUGGAGAUCGUGGCCGACACUGUGUGUAGAAUCUUUAACAAACAAGAAUGUGAAGGAGUUGAUACGUGCGGAGGUGGCCACGCUGGAUGCCUUUGUAAGCCCUGAGUUUGAGUCCAAGAUACUGACACACUGCCGGACACCAUCCACUUGCUGUCCACUGUAUGUCAUGGUGCUAGCCAGACACAUAGCCAGUUUCUGCCAGCAUGAAGACAAACUUCGAGGCAGCCUGGACAGCCUGCUGACCACAGUGGACUGUGAGGACCUGUACCUCGUCAUCAUAGACAUCCUGCGGGCAGAGUAUGAAACUGAUGACACCAGGGGCUACAUGAGGCAGAUCCUCUGCUACCUGUGUGCCAGUCGGUGUGGGAUGAGGGAGGAGGAACUAUUUCGUCUGAUCCCCAACUUGACGUGGAACCUGCUGGCACAGUUCUACGAGGCUUUCUCGUCACACCUCCUCAUCAAGUACCACUCAGGACUCCUCACGUUUGCCCAUGAGCAGGUCAGACAAGCAGUUUUUGACUACUGUUUUGGUAAAGACAAUGUUGACGUCAGUUUCGAGGCCACACAACAAGAAUUGGUGGAAUAUUUCACAAACUUUUUACAUCCGGGGAAGGUGACGUGCCGCGUGUGUGAUGAGCUGCCCUGGCUCAUCAAGCUGACAGGAGACAAGGAGAUGCUCAAGUCCUGCAUCCUCGACCUGUGUGUGUUCCAGAGACUCUAUGCAAAAGGUCGGUGUUCGGAGCUCAUCAGCUACUGGCAGAUAGUAGGGGGAGAUAAGAACUCGAUGCCAGAUGCCUAUUUUACAGCCACUAAAAAAUUAGAAGAAACUUCAGGUCACUUCGAUGGCCUCCUGACCCCGGCUCGGAUUGCGGACAUGUACGAGACACUGGGCAGGUUCCUCAAGGACAUGGGGCUGCUCAAGCAGGCCCUGCCUGCACUGCAACGAGCUCUGGAGGUGCGAGAAACUGCCCUUGACCCUGACCACCCGGUAGUAGCAAGGUCACUGCACCAACUGGCAGGUCUCCACGCUCAGUGGGGGAAGUUCAGCACAGCCCAGGCGUACUACCAACAGGCCCUGGAGAUCUAUGAGAAUGCUUAUGGGAGCGAUCACUACCUCUUGGCCAAGGAACUGGAUGCGUUAGCUCUACUGUAUCAAAAACAAGAAAAGCAUGAGCAAGCAGAACCUUUGAAGAAGCAAGCGAUGUCCAUAAAGAAGAAAGCCAGAACACCAAGAGUCAAUUCAGGUCAGACACGAGGCAUUGACAUGCUUCGUAGAAGAACUCUCCACCUGGAGGAGCUGGCCAUGGGUUCCGACUCUCCCGAACAGGCUCGCACACUCAACGAACUCGGGGUCUUGUACUAUCUGCAGAGCAACUUCGAUACUGCUGAAACAUUCUUCAAGAAGUCGCUAGAGAUGAGAGAAGCAACGCUGGGUCCGGACCACGCUGAUCUGGCACAGUCCCUCAACAACCUGGCAGCCUUCUACAAUGACAGGAAACAGUUUGAUAAGGCCGAGCCGCUGUAUGAGAGGGCGCUACAGAUCAGACUGAAGUACCUGAGUGGAGACAGCCCGGCCUGUGCUGGGAUCAUCAAGAAUCUUUCCAUGCUCUACAAGAAACAGGGCAAGAAUGAGAAGGCAGAGCCACUGUAUAAGCAGGCUGUGGACAUCAGGGAGAAGUCUUUUGGUCCACAUCAUCCAUCUGUGGCAACUGCCCUCGUUAACCUGGCUGUCCUGUACUCUCAACAGAACAAGUUCAGUGAGGCGGAACCCCUGUAUGAAAGAGCGCUGAAGAUCUAUGAGGAAAGCUUCGGCCCGAGUCAUCCCACCGUUGCCGAGACCCUGCGCAAUCUUGCAGUUAUGAAGUAUGAAAUGAAAGACUUUGAGACGGCAGCCAAGCUGUACAAGAAGGCGACCGAGAUGAAGGAGAGUGAGACUAACUACGCAGGGAAGGUUCUAUCUCGGAGAAGUUCUAGUGGAGAUACAAAUUCUACCAUCAAGAACAUCCUACACAACUAGCUACAGCAGUGUCAUCUAAUACUAAAAUCUCAUAGAAGCAGCCAUACACAACUACAGCAAAACCAUCAUUAUCAUCUUCAGACAGUCACAUCUUCAAGUGCAUCUCGACUACACCUAUAUGUCUGCAUGUCAUCUUUUACUGAAGUACCAGUAUGGAUGCCUCAAACUUGUCAGAAAAUCAACCCUGUGGGGAGGGGACUGUGUUAGAAUAGGUCCCCAGCAACCAUGCCGGUCAUUAGGGGUGACCAAGCCUCGGUCGGCCUCAGUGACUUCAUUGAUUGCACGUCAUCACACCCUGAUUGCUUACUCACGAAAGCGAUCUCUUGAUUGUCUCUGUUAUUUACAGGCAGCAGUCAUAUUGCUGGAAUAUUGCUAAGUGCAGGGUUAAACAACAAGCAGACAAACAAAACCAAAAUCAAUCUUGUGGCAUCAUGAUUGUUGAUGUGAUCACAUUACUUUUCAAGUUAUCUUUAAUUUACCAUAGUGCAAGUCUGCUGGCAGGCACAAAUUAGGUUGAACUGUCAUACAGAAUACUGAAUAUAUUUGUUAGUAACUUGUGAUAAAUGUGACAUAGUUUUCUACUGGUUGUCCAGAACCAUUAUAGCUCUCAUUGGCUAGCUUGGACAAAGCUCUCUUUGGAACACUUGAGUUAUCUCCCUUUGACAAAAUGGCCACGUAAUUGUCUUCCAUUGAGGGGCUUGAAACCGAGUUAUCUCUCUUUACCUAGCUUGGAAAAUUGUUAUGUCCUUGACUAACUAAUAACAUAGUUGUCAUCCAUUGGGUGGCUUGAAACAUACUUGUCUCCCUUUGCCUGGAACAUUGUUAUCUUGCUUUGACCAACUUAUGAUGUCUCCCAUUGGGAGGGCUUGAAACAUAGUUGUCUCCCUUUGCCUGGAACAUUGUUAUCUUGCUUUGACCAACUUAUGAUGUCUCCCAUUGGGAGGGCUUGAAACAUAGUUGUCUCCCUUUGCCUGGAACAUGGUUAUCUUGCUUUGACCAACUUAUGAUGUCUCCCAUUGGGAGGGCUUGAAACAUAGUUGUCUCCCUUUGCCUGGAACAUGGUUAUCUUGCUUUGACCAACUUAUGAUGUCUCCCAUUGGGAGGGCUUGAAACAUAGUUGUCUCCCUUUGCCUGGAACAUGGUUAUCUUGCUUUGACCAACUUAUGAUGUCUCCCAUUGGGAGGGCUUGAAACAUAGUUGUCUCCCUUUGCCUGGAACAUGGUUAUCUUGCUUUGACCAACUUAUGAUGUCUCCCAUUGGGAGGGCUUGAAACAUAGUUGUCUCCCUUUGCCUGGAACAUUGUUAUCUUGCUUUGACCAACUUAUGAUGUCUCCCAUUGGGAGGGCUUGAAACAUAGUUGUCUCCCUUUGACUGACUUCACAAUGACACAGGUGCCUAACAGGCAUGAUGAUUCUCAACCAUGACCAUCAUCACCACCACCAUCAUCCACAGGUUCAAACAACAUAUCCAGUGUCGAUAGUUGUACAAGAUGGACAUAAUACCUCGAAAAUACAUCAUUGUAUGUGUUCUGUGUACAUGAAGAGGGAAAUGACUCACACUAAAUGUGCUACAAGCAUGGGGAAUGUAGUUUGCUGGUUCUGUCAGUAUGUUCUCAAGGGUAAAUAACACUGAUACGUGUCAUCCUAGAUUACAUGGGAGUUGCUGUCUCUGGAGACUUAAGGGAAUGAAGGGGUUUCUUGUCACACACUAUUGAGUUCAUACAAACAAUAUAGACGGGAUAAACUAUCUGUGACAUUCAGAACAUCAACAGAAUGCACAGUUUAUUGGGGGACAAUUGAGGUUGUUUUGGCUCCUGCAAUAGUAUUUAGUUCAACACACUUUUGGGGUUCUGUUGCAAUAGUGUUGAAGUAUGUUGAUAGGUACCUUUACAGUCCUACAGUACACAGAUAUGUCUUUGACUUAUUCAAUAUUGUAGGGGGCACGAUAUGGCUAAAAUACUGCCGAUGUGACGUUAAAUCUUGACACACUCACUCAACAUUGUAACAAAGCCUAACAAGUCCUAGAUUCAGCAGGCUUGGGAAAUUCUUAUGGUGUUGAAUGACGGACCCCAGAAUAAUCCAGUAGAAUAGGUCUUCAGCAAUCCAUGCUUAACAUUAAAGGCGACUAAGCUUAUCUCGAGAGGCGACUUACGGGAUCGGGUGGUCAGGUUCGCUGACUUGGUUGAUGCAUGUCAUCGUAUCCCAAU